AUGCAUUACGGCGCGGUGGUUAACGGGCGGAGACGCGGAUUGAUACUUCGUGUAGGCAGAGACUUCGCCGCCAGAUCCUUAUGCUCUUCUUCUUCGUCUUCUUCUACUCCAUUAUCUGACCAUGAAUCUUUCAUCAAGGACAUAGCCAAAGCUCAGCCUCCUAAGCAUCUUACUGAGCUGCUGAGCAUAUUCAAAGCUAGAGGCAAAUCCGUAGUUUCUCCUGGUGCCAAGCAAGGCUUGUUGCCUCUUACGAUUCCAUUGGUGAGGAUGAGUCCCGGUUCUUCAAUUGCUUUACUACGGUGGCCAACAGCUCGUUCUAGUAUGGAGAUGCCUGUGGUAGAAGUUCAGAAACAUGGGGUUUGGUUUUUAGCCAAUAAUGUCGAUCAGUUCAUUCACAGAAUAUUGGUGGAAGAAGAUGUUACCAAACCCGAAGAGUCUAGUCAAGAGAUCUUCGAUGCUGCAGGUGAAGCAGGGAAGAAACUUUACAGUAAAGGUGACUUUGCCAAGUCAAGACUGAUGGAUUUAGAUGUCUAUCUUUUAAGAAAGGUUGGACUGUUUCCGGAUUCUCUAGAACGCAAAGUUAUUAGACAUAUCGAGAAUGGAGACCAUGUUUCAGCUUUGGUGGCUGCCGAGUUUUACACAAAGAGAGGAAACUUCCCUGGAUUCGCCCGGCCUUUUGCUUUCAACGCAAAGGUUUUGCUGAAACUUGGUCGUAGCUUAGAAGCGAAAGACGCAGCUAGAGGUGCUCUGAAAUCUUCAUGGUGGACCUUAGGAUGCAGAUACGAGGAAAUGGCACAAAUAGCAGAGUACGGAGAAGAGAAAAUUGUGCAGUACAAAGAGAAAGUUACAGGAGAAGGAAGAAAACAUGAUAUAGAGAGGGGAAAGCCAAGAGCACAGGCAUAUUUCGACGAGGCUGGGUUAUUACUGGAUCUAGCGUCACUUGAAGGGACAUGGGACGAGUCACUGGAACGGGUUGCUCAGUGCUACAAAGAAGCUGGACUUAACGACAUGGCCAACUUUGUUCUGUACAGAGAUUGA